AUGUCAUGGCGCUCGACAUCUUUUAUCAGGCAACUGCUCGUCAUCUUCGUGACAGUCACGAGUAUACUCGCGACGAGCUCGAAAGCGCAGGCGUUCUGCGGGUUCUUCGCCUCGAAGACAGCUGAUGUUCUCUACAACGACGCGACGCAAGUGGUGCUGAUGCGACAUGGCACGCAGACCGUGCUGUCGAUGCGCAACACAUACCAGGGACCGCCAGAAGACUUCGCCAUGGUCGUGCCGGUCCCACAGGUCCUCGAGCAAAAGGACGUCGAGGUCCUGUCUGACAACAUCUUCGACGCGCUCGAGCGUCGAUCCUCACCGAGACUUGUCGAGCACUGGCAACAAGGUCGAUGCGGCAAGAAACCAAGGCUCGGGCUAGACCCACUCGCAGGAGAUCUGACUUCGAUCGCGCCAGCGCAGACAUCGGCAGUGAGCGUCGCGGGGAACUUCGAAGUCGGCGAAUACGAUAUUCUGAUCUUGAGCGCGAAAGAGAGCAACGAGCUCGAGAAGUGGCUGCUGACCAAUGGAUACAACAUCCCCAAGGGCGCAACCAAAGUGCUCGCGCCAUACAUCGCGCAAGGGAUGUACUUCUUUGUCGCCAAAAUCAACGUCAACAAGGUCACGCCUGACGAUAAGGGCAAUGUGAUGCUCCCGCCGCUCAGGUUUCACUAUGACUCGGAGAACUUCUCGCUGCCCGUGAGGCUCGGAUUGCUCAACGCCAAAGGACCUCAGGAUCUGCUCGUUCACAUCUUCUCGGUAGAUGGACGCUAUCGAGUGGCAAACUACCCCAACCUCACGAUCCCUACAGAUAUCGAGGUUCCUGCGAAGGCGCGGGACAACUUCGCAGACUUUUACGAUGAACUCUUCGAGUACGUCCUCUCGCUCGCUCCGGGCGCGAUCGUGACAGAGUAUGCGUGGAGCGACCAGGCAUGCCGUGGCUGUGUGGCAUCGCCAAUCCAAAGCUACAACUUGCACUCGUUCGGCUUCGAUGUGUUGCGUCCACUGGGUCAGGUGGAGCAGCAGGCAACUGUGUCUGUCCGCAACACGCAUGUGAUGAGCGGCGCGAGCCACAAGCUCGGCAAUGCAUUGUAUAUGGAGCUUCAGAAGAAACGAGGCGCCAUGCUCUCCUGCUACGAGGACUUCCUCGCCACCUCCCCGAAAAGGAAGUCAGGAGAAAUCCGCGUACUCGCCGAAUUCACCGACAAAGGGACGACCAAGGACGUGCUGUUCAUCGACAAUAGCCUCCAGAAUAUCCGUCUCGAAGCAUGCCUCGAAGCGAUCUACGCCUCCUUUACCUUCGACCCCGUGGAGGAUGUCACCAACCACCGCUAUGAGUUUACAUUGAGCCUCGAACAUAAAGUCGCCGAGCAGCUUUACAAGCUCACCAGCCAGGGAUGGACACUGACGAGGCUGCACGCACGCUACACCGAGAAGACGAUGACCGAGGAUUUGAUCUUCGAACAAGCCCCUCCCAUCCGAGGCGGCAUCGGGGUACCUCGUGGCGAACAUGGUCAACUCGCACCGCGAGGGCUCACGCGCUCCGCAAACAACAGCUUCCAGGGACUCUACACCAUCCUCCAUCGCGAUGAGGCAAAGCUGGCCUGCAAAAAGGAGGCGCCUUCAUGGGAGUGGCGCUCGCGAUCCAAUGAGCGUGGCCACUCGAAAACCCCAUCGAAGAAGACCAAAUACAAGCUCUCGAAGGAUGUGCAGAAACAGGCGUUCUGCGGGUUCUACGUCUCUGGCGCGAGCGACGCGCUCUACAAUGACGCGACACAGGUCGUGAUGAUGCGGCACGAGACACAAACCGUGCUCUCGAUGCGCAACACGUAUCAAGGUCCUCCCGAGGACUUCGCCAUGGUGGUGCCCGUCCCACAGGUUUUGGAGAAAGAGAACGUCAAGGUCUUGCCUGACAGCCUGUUCGACAAGAUCGAGCGUCAAUCUUCGCCGAGCUACGGGGACGAGGCCCCGAGAAAAUCAACGGUGAGCGUGAAGGCAAGGUUCGAGGUUGGCGAAUACGAGGUGGUGAUUCUGAGUGCGACUGAGAGCAGCGGGCUCGAGCAGUGGUUGCUCGACAACAAGUACAACAUCCCCAAAGGCGCCGCAAAAGUGCUCGCUGCGUAUAUCGCGCAGGGUCAGUACUUCUUUGUCGCCAAGGUGGACCCGGACAAGGUCAAGUUCGUGGAUGGUCGCGCGGUCCUCUCACCGCUUCGCUUCCAUUACGACUCCGAGGAAUUUUCGCUGCCUGUCCGUUUGGGUUUACUCAACGCCAAGGGAACCCAGGAUCUGAUCGUGCACACGUUGGGAGUCAGACAACGCUAUCAGGUCGCCAACUACAAGAACGUCACCAUCCCCACAAACCUCGUCGUCCCAGAGCGAACUCGAAAGAGCUUCUCCGACUUUUACAAUGGCCUGUUCGACUACACGAUGGCGCUCAAUCCACGCUCGGUCGUCACAGAGUACGCGUGGGAUUCGGCCAAAUGCGAUCCCUGCGCAGGGCCCACGCUCAACCAGGGAGAUCUGUUCGUGCUCGGGUUGGACACCUUGCAAGGAAAGACCAGGACCGAGGAGCGCAGCGAUGUAUCGGUCAUUGCUGUCUCGGCGGCGAUCGGCUCUCAACCGGUCAUGGAGACAUACUGGCGCCAGCGACUCGCCAGAAAGCAACAGGACUUGCUCUCCUGCUACAAAACCUACCUGGCGACCGAUCCUGAAGAACACUCGGGCAAACUAUCCCUCAAAGCAAAGGUCACCGAACAAGGCAAGGUCGAGGAUGUCUCGCUUCCCUGGAACACGUUCAAAAACAAGGACCUUGGCGCAUGCGUUGCCUUCAUCGUCGAGGGCAUCUCCUUUCCAAAGGGGGAAGAUGGCGCCAACCAAGACUACGAGAUCGCGCUUUCGAUGGAGCAUCAAACCUACGAGCGCGAGAUCCGUAUCCCACGGUGGGGUUGGACGUUGACGAGGUUGCACGCACGGUACACCGACAAGACCAUGACCGAGGAUCUGAUCUUCGAGAAGGCCCCCGCCAUUCGAGGAGGCGUCGGGAUGCCGAGCGGCGUGCGAGGUACGAUCGCGCUAGAAGGCGCGGAGUUGGCAGAGUCCAACACGUUCCAGGGGCGCUACAUCAUCCUCAAUUACGACAAGAAGAAGCUCUCCUGCAAAAAGGCGGAUCGCUAUUACUCCUGGGGAGGUCCACCGGCAGGCACGCGUGGCAUCGAUGACAUGUUCCCCGAUAACCUCCGCGUCGCGCCGCUGGAGUGGUACGACCCGAUCGACCUGGAGUUGUUGAGGUUCGCGCGUGAUAAACGCGCCCUGUUCGUGAGAGCACACCACGCGCAAAAGCCCGAGGUCGAGGCCACCUGGCCACGCGAGCGAGGUGUAAACAUCCCUCACGAGCUUCCAGCUCCACACGAGAUCACGCGCAUCGACCUCGGAGGACAGACCGCGCUCUCCUUGCACAAGCCUGAAGGCGCCGGAUUCUUCGCAGCGGGUUGCAGCGAUGGGCGCUGGGGAAUCUGGGACGAGCAGACGCUCCAGCCGAUCGCGCAGGGAGAUGUCGAUGGCGUCUCCUCGACGAAGCGAAUCCGUCAAAUCGCGGUGAGCCCUGAUGGGAGCAGGUUGGCGCUCUCGGUGCAAACCUCCGGGCAAUGGAUCGAGCGCGACUUCAUCCUCUUGAACCCGAGCACUGGCGAAACCUUGCUCGAGGAGAGCUACAGCUUCGAUCGCAAGUUUCGUUGGCUCCCUGAUAGCAAGCACCUCGUCACCCACAGCACCAACCAUACGUUCCUCGUGGAUCGCGAUGGGCAAAAGCUAUGCGAGCACCUCUGGCGAAACCGCGGCGGGAUGCGAUAUUCGCUGACUGACUAUCAGGUGUAUGUGCUUCGCGAAGAGAACUUAUGGACCUCCCCCGUUGGCAGCACGCACGAAUCGAGCGCCAUGCUCCACGAGCUCUACGAGCGCGUCGAGAGUUACCAAUGGUCCGAGGAUGGCUUUGCCUGCGCACCACAACACGGGCUGUUCUCGAUGAGCACGACCGCUGUGCGCGAAGAUUGCUUUUUGCUGUGCGCGUUGCAGGCCCCAUCGGAUGUGAGGAUGACCUUCUCACUGGACGACGCGUGGCAACAGAUCGUGUUCCAGCAUGUCGCGUGGGGUGAGCGCGCCGCACGAAUCGCGCUUGGCCUCGUGCAUGUGG